AAGCUUCUACGAUCGUGAGUGGAAAAAAAAAAUUUCUUCGCACACGCGUGAAUUUUCUGGAAGUGAAGAGUUUCGUUCGACAAAGAAAAGACGUGCAUUCCGCUGAACAGGAAUUACAUCAAUCGCGACAGGAGGCAGAAAUCAAUUUUCUCCCGUCCAUUCACGGUUGGCGAAAGAUUUUUUCGUGAUUAGUCAUCCGACUAAAAUCAAAUUGCCGAGAGACAACGAUCAGUGACGAUUACCUAUCGAUUGCACCAUAGGGUCGCGUUUACGUUUGCAGUGGUGAAAUUUCCAGUUGGAGGAAUAUCGACCGAUAUCCGGACAGCAGUGCAAAUCGCGUGUGGAGCAGCAGAAGCAGCUGGAACAACUCGAAAAGAACACCAUGCACGGUGUUUCAUUUCAUAACAUUGCCAGCAAAUUUGAUGUCCCACACAGAACGGAAAAUAGUUUAUCGUAUAAAGUUGCUGCCUUAGGCAAAGGUACUUUCAUUGCAGAACCGAGUGUCGAUCGAACCGGAAGAAGCGGGUUUUUUGUUCCGCUAAAGGAGCAACAGUAUCAUCAAGGGAGAAGGUCCUGAUUUUUGUGAACGGCUUGUGAUUCAAAGCUGGACUCUUGCUGCUGAUCGAAGUGUGAAAGGCGUAUACACCGUAGAAGAAGGGGGAGACAGAAGGAAGAAGAAAAAAAAGUUACGUCAAAACUGAUCGCGUGCUCGCACUUGGUGCCAAAUUAGAGGGGGAGAAAAAUACCAUUCAGAAGAAAAAAAAAACAAGAGCUAAUUCGGCAAGGUGUGCAUAGAAAGCGUUUAUAUUUAGAGAAGCGAAGAGGGAGGAUUUUGUUUUCGGUUCAGUUCGACAUUAGUUGCAGCUUGAAGACGGCUCCCAUCGGCAGCCAGAAGCGCAUAGUCAGAAUGCCACGAAACCGGAAGAAACAUUCGGCCUACAACGGCAACUCGCACCACAACAACGAAUCCGACGACGAACUGUCGAAUGACGCGGGCAGCGUCUACUCGUACCAGUCGGAAAAGUCUGCAGACGCAUACAACAACAACGGUGACGCCGAUUCGGGAGGACCACUCGAAACGGGCAGUGGCCUGGAGAAGUACGAGGAAAAGCUACUACAGGCGAUCGAAAAUGCUUCCGACAAAUCACUGCAAACACGGAUCAACGCAUUUCAGGCUAUCAACGAAAUCCUGGUGCAUCACUACAUACCGGAUUUUAUCGAUGAUCGCAAGAUGACACUGAUGGAUGCGAUCGAGAAGUCCAUCAAGAAGGGUAAAGGUUCGGAGCAGGCCUGGGCGGCCCGUAUCAUUCCACUACUGGUGAUUCAGCUGGACGGAGCAGAUGAUAUUAACGAACUGAUUAAGGUGCUGAAGCCGGUCCUGUUGGCGACUGCACAGGACACGGCCACUUCAUACGAUGCACGGGCCAAGUGCUGUAUGGCUCUAGGGUUGCUCAAUUUUCUUGCCUCCGAUGACCCAGGAGACUUACUGCCAAUGAUGAAAAGUUUCGAAAGUAUCUUCUCCGGAAGCUAUCUUAAAGGGGACAGCACUCCGAGCACUGCUGGCGUUGAUGCUGCCGCUCUGCACAGUUCUGCUCUUAGCGCAUGGGCUCUUCUGCUCACACAGAUCCCUUCGGGUGACCUUGUCACCCUGGUCAACAGUAAUAACUCAUUGAUUCCAUCGAUCCGAAAGCUAACCGGAAUGUUGCAAAGCCCCCAUCUGGAAGUACGGAUGGCUGCCGGUGAAACUUUAGCAUUAAUUCUCGAAAGUGGUCGAUCCCACGAUGAAGAUUUUCUCAACGAUGAACUGGACAAUUUGAUCGAAGCCACGCAGAAGCUAGCCACGGACGCUCACAAGUACCGAGCCAAACGGGAUCGUAAAGUUCAACGUGCUACCUUCCGCGAUGUGCACCGCUAUCUGGAGGAAGAUAUCUCGCCGGAAAUCUCCAUUAAAUUUGGCAAGGAAACACUGCUACUGGAUACCUGGUCUCUGCAUCAUCAGUACAUCUGCCUCCGGAAUGCGCUCGGUUUCGGAAUGAAUGUGCACCUCUCGGAGAACGGAUUCUUGCGUGACGUACUGCAGCUGGGCGCGAAGAUGGACGAACUGGAACGGAACUCGAAGAUGGCGAAGGCGGAAAAGAAAUUUAUCAAUGCGGCUGCCUUCAAGGCGAGGUCCAUCACCAGGGGAAAGAAUCGUGACAAGCGGUCUGCCGUCAUCAAUUAAUUAAUCAUCAUCACCCUGGCGGGAUGAUAUUUUUUGUCUAGUUGCUGUAAAUAGGUGUUAUUUUGUUCACCUUUUAAUCUUUUUCGGCUGUUUUUCUUAUAUUUCGUUAGUUAGAUAACUCAAUCUUAAAUUUUGCACACUGAGUGAUGGGAACAUGGGUAUACUCGAUGCUUAUCCGCAUCCUGUUUGAGCGCAUUACCUAUUUUCUAGUGUUGCUGGUGCGGUCAACGUGUUCAGCCCUUUUUAUCGGCAAAAUUACAAGGUGAUUAUUGAAUAAACAUAACUAGAGCUAGUACGUAAAAAUCAAAUUGUUCGAUUUAGAAGACAGAGCAUCGGCGCCCAACUGGAUCUAUAGCGACGGAGUUUGUCGCAAAUUAUCCCCUCGUAUAGCCAACCGUAGUAGUUGUCGACUCACAACCAAUAUUAAAACAAUAUUCGUGAAUUUAAAAAUAAUGUAAAAUGUUUUAGUAACUAUCCAAUUGCGUGUAGAGGAGUUUUUGUGUAAUAAUAUUACAUACAGUUUAGAAUCAGCUAUUAAAAGGAGCAAUCCCCAAA